AUGUCGCCGCGAAUCCAGAGACUUGCGAUAAGACUUCUUCGAUAUCAGUUCACACUUUCGUUCGUUCCGGGAAAGUGCCUUCAGGUACCAGAUGCGCUUAGUCGUGACCCCACAGACGACAUUAUUAAUACCGAAUACUUGGAUUCUAAGUUCAAAUUGUUUUCUGUUAUAGCAGUUAAACCUGAAACAGAAAACAAAAUAAAGGAGGCUGUUCAUGCCGACCCUAUAUUAAUUGAAAUUAAAAAUUAUGUAUUGCACGGAUGGCCCAAACAUCAAAUACAAGUUUCUGACGGUGUGAAGCAGUAUUGGCCUGUGCGAAAUGAUACACAUCUCCACGAAAACCUACUUUUUUACCAAAAGCGGCUAAUUUUACCUGCAAGUCUUAGAAAUGAGUUUCUAAAUUUAAUCCAUAAAUACCAUCAAGGUGUGAAUGCUUGCAAUAAAUUGGACCAGGAUGCCAUCUAUUAUCCAGGAUGGUCAUCAGACAUCGAAAAGAUGGUUCUCGGUUGUCAGUUGUGUCAAUCGUAUGCCAAAUCAAAUGCGAGAGAACCACUUUCUCCACAUGACGUACCUGACCGACCUUGGCAAAAAAUUGCCAUUGACUUUAAAGCACUAGGCCCCCAAGAUUUCCUAGUUGUAGUAGACUAUUUUAGCAAGUUUGCUGUGGUUAACAAAUUGCCCAACAAAACAGGUAACACUGUUAUCUCAUGCUUGAAGAAUAUUUUUGCAAUUAAUGGAUUGCCUGAAGAAGUAUUUUCCUACAAUGGACCUCCGUUCAAUUCAUGGGACUUUAUAGAAUUUGCAAAUAGGUAUGAUAUCAAGUUAACUACGUCUAGUCCUCGAUAUCCCAGAUCUAAUGGAAUGGUUGAGAGAACAGUGCAGACUGUAAAAAGUCUUUUAACAAAGUGUCUUCUAGAAAAAGAAGAUCCAUUCGCCGCUAUAUUAAAUUAUAAUGUUACUGCCAAACAAAACUUACCUUCUCCUAGUGAGCUGCUGAUGGGAAGAAGAUUAAGGACAGCUUUACCCGUUAGUUGUAAACUUCUCGAGCCUAAGUUCCCAAUUCGAGGUAUUAAGGACCAGCUAAAACUUCUACAAGAAAGGCAAAAGGCGUACUAUGACGUUUCAAAGAAAAAGCUGAGCGAGUUGGAGCCACAAGAAGACGUAUAUGUUCAAGAAGGUAUACGUAAUUGGAAACCUGGCGUUGUAAUGAAGAAAUCAGGCCCUAACGACUACAUAGUUCGCAUAGGUGAAGCGGAUUACCGGCGGAAUAGGCAACAGAUCAAUCCCAGACGGAUGAGCGAAGAAACUCUGAAGUGCGAUCCUGAAGUGAAAGUGGGCACUACUUCCAGUGAGACAAACCCGGUGGGCACUACUUCCAGUGAGACAAACCCGAUUGUGACGAGUGACUACUAUACCAGAAGUGGCAGACAUGUUAAAAUACCAGACCGUUUAAAUUUGUAA